AUGAAUGAAAAUCAACCCACCUGCCCUCAGGCUGAAGCCUCCUUUGCAUCUGCGGAUGAGGAAAUGAGGCAAGAAGAUGUGUCUGAAAAUGACCUCUGUCUACCUACUGGCUGGAAGACUACCCUGCCUGAACUUGACCAGGUUUGGAUAUCUGAAUCCUUGUUCAGAUGGUCUGAGAGUUCCUUACCAGAGCUGGACCCCAUGAAGACCGAUCAUCACUGGCAUUACCCUCCUUCGCCCUCCUCCUUGUCACCGCAAAACUGCAACGGCGUCCCAAAAUUGCAGCAGUAUUUUGGGCAUCCGCUAGGGAAAGAGUUCAUGAAGAGGUUCAGCCAACACAUGAAGAAAUUUCACGCAGACAAGCAGAAAAGUCCCUCAGUUUUCCAAGCUCUUCUCUUGGAUGGCUUGUCUCGUUGGAAUGCGGCCAGGGCUGGAAAGAGCGCACAGUCCCCAUUCUCGGUCCGCAGCAGUGCCUUAGCGCACUCCGUCAAUCAGCUCGCACUGCUCGUCUGCGGAGAGAAAGUUAUAGACGACGCAGCUCCGCAAGAAUGUUCAGGGGAUUUCAAUAGUGGUGAUAAUGACAUGGAAAUGGCGGUUAAACCCUGUGCUUCUUCAGUACAAGAGCCGGACUGCCCUAGAGAGGAGCAACCUCAGGAGGAGAAGCCGCUAUUGGAAUGUGAAAAUUCAGCUUUAGACUUUCCGGAUUCAAACAAUACCAGCACUGAAAAUGCCAAGUGCACUGAGGAUGCCUCCUUGUUUCUCACUAUAGUAAAGGUAGAAGAGGAGACUUUACUUUCACCUUGCAAAGAGGAGGACAUGGAAAGCCCUAUUCAACCACCCAACAAUAUAGACAUGACCCCAAUAAAAUCUGAAGAAAUAAAGGUGGAAACAUUGUCCGACGAUGUGAAAGAAGAACCUUUUCUGCCACCAUGUAGUGACGAAGUGCUUCCAGCUCCUGUUCCAGCCCCCGUCACUCCAGAGCAGACCCAAGUCGCACACACCGCCAAUGCUCCACCUGCUGGUCACUUUCUGCCACAACAGCUUGCAACUCCGUCCUCCUUGUUCAUCACAGCCGGCUUGCCCAUCACCUCUCAGCGUCUCCUGCUCGCUCCCGUCCAACUAACGGCCCCACCGCCCCCUGCUCCACAGAAACUCAUGCCCAUUCUCUCUGCCCCGGCUCCGCAGCCACUGGUCCGGUAUGUGGUCAACAAUGCACCUGGCGUACUCUUGCUGCAGCCUACCACUGUGUCCGCACCUCUGCUCGCCAAUGCGUCUACAAUUCAGCACGCGGAGACGAGAGGGAAAAGCCACAGAAGGAUACUCAGCAAAAAAUUGUAG